CCACCACCUCUCUCCUUUUUCUGCUCUGCAGGACUGAGCAGCCCGGCGCAAGCGAUAACAAACGGCUGGAGCAGCAAGCUCCCCUGCCCGGGCUCUGAGAGCACGCCGGCCCCGGGCCCCACGCGGGGCGCCCGUCCGCCCACCAUGAGGAAGAUCCGCGCCAAUGCCAUCGCCAUCCUGACCGUAGCCUGGAUCCUGGGCACUUUCUACUACUUAUGGCAGGACAACCGAGCCCAUGCAGCAUCCUCCAGCAGCCGCGGCGCGCAGAGGGCCGGCGGGAGACCAGAGCAGCUCCGCGAGGACCGCACCAUUCCGCUCAUUGUGACAGGAACACCCUCAAAGGGCUUUGAUGAGAAGGCGUACCUGUCAGCCAAGCAGCUGAAGCCUGGAGAGGACCCAUACAGACAACAUGCCUUCAACCAACUGGAGAGUGACAAACUGAGCUCAGACCGACCCAUCCGGGACACCCGCCAUUACAGUUGCCCAUCCUUGUCCUAUUCCUCGGACCUGCCGGCCACCAGUGUCAUCAUCACCUUCCACAACGAGGCUCGCUCUACACUCCUGCGCACAGUGAAGAGCGUCCUGAACCGAACUCCUGCCAGCUUGAUCCAGGAGAUCAUCUUAGUGGAUGACUUCAGUUCCGAUCCUGAAGACUGUUUGCUUCUGACCAGGAUCCCCAAGGUCAAGUGCCUUCGCAAUGACAAACGGGAAGGACUGAUCCGGUCCCGGGUUCGUGGGGCAGAUGUGGCAGGAGCCACAGUUCUCACUUUUCUGGAUAGUCACUGUGAAGUGAAUGUGGAGUGGCUGCAGCCGAUGCUGCAGCGGGUAAUGGAGGACCACACCCGUGUGGUGAGCCCCAUCAUCGAUGUCAUCAGCUUGGACAAUUUUGCCUACCUUGCAGCAUCUGCAGAUCUUCGAGGAGGGUUCGACUGGAGUCUGCAUUUCAAGUGGGAGCAGAUCCCGCUGGAGCAGAAGAUGACCCGGACUGACCCCACGAAGCCCAUCAGGACACCUGUUAUAGCUGGAGGGAUCUUCGUGAUUGACAAGUCCUGGUUUAACCACCUGGGAAAGUAUGAUGCCCAGAUGGACAUUUGGGGAGGAGAGAAUUUUGAACUCUCCUUCAGGGUAUGGAUGUGUGGUGGCAGCUUGGAGAUUGUGCCCUGCAGCCGAGUGGGCCAUGUCUUCAGGAAGCGGCAUCCCUACAACUUCCCUGAGGGCAAUGCCCUCACCUAUAUCAGGAAUACAAAGCGAACGGCAGAGGUGUGGAUGGAUGAGUACAAGCAGUAUUAUUAUGAGGCUCGGCCCUCAGCCAUCGGGAAGGCCUUUGGCAGUGUGGCCACGCGGAUCGAGCAGAGGAAGAAGAUGGACUGUAAGUCCUUCCGUUGGUACCUGGAGAACGUCUAUCCCGAGCUCACUGUCCCCGUGAAGGAAGUGCUCCCUGGUGUCAUUAAGCAAGGAGUUAACUGCUUAGAAUCCCAAGGCCAGAACACAGCUGGUGAUCUUCUGCUUGGAAUGGGGAUAUGCAGAGGGUCUGCCAAGAGCCCCCCACCAGCCCAGGCAUGGUUAUUUAGUGAUCACCUUAUCCAGCAGCAGGGGAAAUGCCUGGCUGCCACCUCCACCUUAAUGUCGUCCCCUGGAUCCCCAGUCAUACUGCAAACGUGUAACCCUAAAGAAGGCAAGCAGAAAUGGAGAAGGAAAGGAUCUUUCAUCCAGCAUUCAGUCAGCGGCCUCUGCCUGGAGACAAAGCCUGCCCAGCUGGUGACCAGCAAAUGUCAGACAGAUGCCCAGGCCCAGCAAUGGCAGCUGCUGCCACACACAUGAUGGUAGCCCCCGGCCUCCUGUACCUUCUGCAUGAGACUUGGGGACUGGAAGGGGUUAGGGUGGGGGAGUGUCAAGCGGGCUGUUUCCCAUCUCCUCACAUUUCGACUGGAUCAUCAGUACACACCCCUACCACGCAUUUCUCCAAAGCUAGUUCAGGCAGGGUGCAGGGGCAUGCUUCAUGCCCUCUGUGCCACCCAAGUCUUGCCCUGGGAGAGGAGAUGGUUAGUAUGCAGCUGUCCUGGGCAAAGAUUUGGCAGCUGCUCCUGGCCCUUUGUCUUCUCCCUUGGCCCUUUUGAGGUUCCAGACAGUGAUGUGUGGGCCUUGCCUUUAUUGCCUAACGGGGACAAGGACCUAAAUCUACUGAAGGGCCAGUUGGGUCAUGGGGCUAGCCUGAAGUCAACACAAAAGGACAGGUGGCAUCAUGUGUGAAGAGACUGAAAGCAAAGCAGCUAGAGAAGAGGCAGGGUUGAGAUGCUCUGUCCAAUGGGUGAGGGAGAGAAGAGGCAGGGUUGAGAGGCUCUGUCCAAUGAGUGAGGGAGAGAAGAGGAAGGGUUGAGAGGCUCGGGCCAGUGUGUGGGUGGGGGAGGGAUGCAGCCUGGGAACAGAAGAUGGAGACUCACAGAAGAAAGUGGAUAGAGAAGCAGCCAACUGUGAAGUGCCAGAAAACCAAGGUCUCUUUCCAGGACAUCACCCUGUUCCUGCUGUGCCAGCCCCAAGCCCAACAUAUGCCUGCAGCCCCUAGGUGACCACAUUCUUAGCAAGAAGCUGGAGAGGGACCUGGGGUAUAAUUUAUUAAGUAGACACCACUUCUGCUUAACUGUAUGUCAGACCAAGACCUCAUGCUUAUCCCCACUAACUGGUCAUACACCCUGAAAUACCCUCAUCUUUGCUGUUUUGGACUCCUACUUUUUCAGGGUCUUUGCCUUUGUAAACAUUGCAUCCUGGGGUAAGGUGGCUAGUCAGAAUUGGACCCUCUUCCUGGAGUAUAACCAUUCCUAGUCAGUAGAAACCAAGUGACCCAGGCCAAAACACCGUGCUAAGUCCCUUCACCAAAAGCCAGUGGUUGUAGUGGGUUGCGAAGCUGGCUAGUGGCUUCUGUCUGUGUACAGAAUAGCCUGCUCUCUCCUCUCCCGAUACCGAGAACAUGGAGACUAUAGGUUGGUAUCAUCCUGGAAUCCGUCCUUUUCCUCACCGAUGGCUUACACAAUAUAAUCUUGGGUAAAAGAGCCCAGAAUUCUUGGAGUCUCUAUCCCAAAGCAAGCCUGCCUAAGGAGGCCAGUCUUAUCCCAGAAGCACCCAGUCUUUCAUAAACCAGGCAGCCAGAUAUUCACAGGGAAUCAACACACUCUAGAAGGUUGAGAAAUCUCUAGUAUAUUGUAUGUGUAUGUACAUAUGCAAUUACAUAGGUGGGGGUGGAGCCUGGAUUUUCCCUGCUUCGUGGUUUCCAAAGCCUCUGUUCCUUUGAUCUGGAUUAGCGCUACCAGAUAUCUGGGUCUCUGCCCCGCAUCUCCCUCUCUGCUGGGCCCAGCCUGUACAUCACCAGGUGUUAGACACCAAGUCCCAGGUUUGUAGUGCCCACUCUGGAAGGUUCUCUAGCAGUUUCCUUGCACCUCUGGCUCUCACCAGCACCCUCUCAGCUGUUCUGUGCCAAAUACGUCUGCACCCCUGGGUUCAGCACAGGGGCCCCUCACCUCGGUGACUAAGCUUCGCCCACCCUGUUACGAUGUCAUAUAUAUAUAUAUAUAUAUAUAUAUAUAUACACUGCUAUUUACAGACCUGGCCUCAGAUCCUGUGACCCUCCUGGAAGAGUCCUGCCACAGCCCAGGACAGAACUGGGGCUAAGGUGGAGGUUCUUCUCUAGAGGCUUGGGCCCUAUCCCAGCGUGGACUUUGGGGCUAGGAACCUGGGCUUCUCUCUGUGAAUGUAAGGACAGCUACUCAGAGAGCCUUGACGGGGCCUCUCCCCAUUUCCUGUGGUCAGACCUGGCUCAGCACUUGGCAGCUGUCCCAUGCGGGGACUCAGUCCAACCUCUGUCUUUGCUUUUCUUCUUGACCAAAGCAUGUGCCACUAAGCUGUCCUGGAGGACAUUGUCUUUAUGAAACACACCUGGAAUAAAACCACCUCUUACUUGUCCACA